AUGUCGGAAGAUCAUUCUCAAAUAGAAGAUACUACCCUUCAUGAUACAUCAAAACCCAUAUGGGAGAGCAGGGCUACAUCUCUAAUAAUCGAGCAUAUACCAACAUCCAAGUUCAAGUUAAAAUUGAAAUUUGGAGGUUACUUUUGGCUAAUGAAGAAUAGUUGUAGGAAAAUAUAUUGCUUUGGAUCUCAAAAAUGUAUCCACAUAGACACAUUUUUAUACAAGUUUAGUCAACUACAUGAAGAAGUGGUAAAACGUUAUUCAUCAAAGAACAACCCAAAAAUUUCUAUUUUUUAUGUUGACAAGUAUGCACUAGAAAAAUCCCUUAUUGUGCUUGAUUCUGAUGAAAAGUUCAUGGCUAUGCUUGGCAUGUAUGGAAGCGAGAAACAAGUAACCAUUUAUGCAACAAUAGAGAAUAACAUCAGCUCCAAUAAUCAUACUAACCAUUUGUGUGCCAAUACAGAUGAACCACACAAUGAGUAUGAUGCUGACCAUUGUCCUAGUGAAGAAAGCUAUCACAGUCAUCUCAGUUCUGAUAAUGAAGAUGAUAUAAUGAAUGAUGAUGAUGUAGUUUACUCAUCUACUUGUUCUAGAGGGUUUGUUGCUGGUUGUCGUCCGUAUAUCGGUCUUGAUGCUUGUCAUUUAAAAGGAAAACUCAAUGGUGUAUUAGCCUCAGGAACUAGUAUUGACAGUAACAAUUAUGUCUUUCCAAUAGCAUAUUGUGUGCUUGAAUCAGAAAACACACAAUCAUGGACAUGGUUUCUUGAUUCACUGAAAAAAGAAAUUGGAACGCCAAAUGGUCUUGUUAUCUCAUCAGACAUGCAAAAAGCGUUAAAAGUAGCCAUGAUGAAUGUUUAUCCUAAUGUUGAGCAUAGAGAAUGUAUGAGGCACUUAUAUAGCAACUUCAAGAAACACUUUCGUGGGGACUUCUUUAACAGAAAACUAUGGGUUGCUGCUAAAACAUACCAUUCUACCAAGCAUGACAGAUUAUUAAAGGAAAUUAGUGAUAAAAAUGAAGAUGUCAUUGCAUAUCUAAAUACCAAUCAUAAAAAAAUAUGGAGUAGAAGCAAGUUUGGUACUACUUCCAAGUGUGAUUACAUCACUAAUAAUAUUUCAGAAACAUUUAAUCCUUGGAUUGGUAAAUUACGCUAUAAACCCGUGCUUGAUCUCCUUGAUGCAAUUAGGGAAAAGAUUAUGAAACGGUUUGAUAAGAAAAGAAAUUUGGUGAAUACAUGGAAUGGCACAUUGUUUCCUAUUUCUAAAAACCAUCUCAAUGACAUCACUAAGGUAAGCAUGUUAAAUAAUUCAGUUGAAUGA